AUGGCGGGUGUUACCAAGGGUAUGAUCGAUCCUGAUGAUGUCCUCAUGCUUCUCAUCGAUCAUCAAAGCGGUCUGUUCAACGUCGUGCAGGACAUGUCGGUGCCCGAGCUUCGCAAUAACGUGAUCGCCCUGGCAAGAACCGCCUCGCUGCUGAAUAUCCCCGUGCUCACUACGGCUUCGGUGCCCGAUGGCCCCAACGGUCCCAUGAUCCCCGAAGUGCACGAGUACGCCCCCCACGCCGAGUACAUCCCCCGUACCGGGCAAAUCAACGCCUGGGACAACCCACCCUUUGUCGAAGCCAUCGAACGCUCGGGCAAGAAAACAUUGGUGAUGACCGGAACGCUGACCAGCGUCUGCCUGGUCUUUCCGGCCAUCAGCGCUGUGGCAGCGGGCUACAAGGUGUACGCCGUGGUCGAUGCUUCGGGCAACUGGAGCAAGAUGGCCACCGAUUUGGCGAUUGCCCGCAUGGCUCAGGCCGGCGUGAUUCCCACCGAUACGUUCGCUAUGGUCGCCGAGCUUCAGCAGACCUGGAAUCGCCCCGACGGAAUGAAGUUCGCCGAACUUUUCGGCGAAAAUAUUAUGCCCAUGUACAAACUGCUGAUGGAAAGCUAUCAAAAAGCCCAAGCCGUGCAGAAAGACGGCCCGGAAACCAUCAUGGAUAAGGUAGAUGAUAUGCCGACUCGCGAGACGAUGAACUCUGCGCUCGAUCUUCUGCAACAGAACGAUCUGGCGACCAGUUGCGAGGCCAAGGCCGCCCUAGGGUUACUCAACUCAUCCCAUCCUUUCACCGAUCAACUCGCGACCGCCGAGUCGAUUCAUAUCCAUGUGAAGGUCGACGACACCACCGCGCUACCUCACGAUUCGAUCGCCGCAGCCGGCGGGCAGUUGGACUACGAGAAGGAAGGCUUCAUCAAGUUUAAGAUGCCCGGCGGUGUAAACCUCAUCUUCUCGUCCAUCGCGGUUUCGCAAGACGACCUGGCCGAGACCGAAUGUUCCCGACGCGCUCGACCCUUUGUCGAUCACUUCGGCAUCGACCUGCGUAGCGAAGCCGACGACGUUGCGGCCCUGUUUCAAUCGAUCCCCUGCAAGGCGAAAGACGCCGGUUGGGCUCUCGUUUCACAAGGUGACUCCGGCGGUGGUGUGCAUUGCUGCCACGUGGAAGUGAAGGCCAAGUAUUGGGUCUAUCCCACCGCCUGUUCCGGCAGCACGAUUCCUUUGGAAUUUGCUUUCGGCGAGCUGAAGGUCAACCCGGUAAGCGGCGGUUGCGACCUUCGACCGAUGGCCCCCGAUAAAGCAGCCGCCAUGGGCGGACUGCACUUCGUGAUCAACGCCUUCGCUCGUAGCCUGGCUCCACUGGUCGCCUUUUUGUUGCGACCCUACGCCAUGCUCAUGCGCCGUUGCUCGAACAACCGCUGGCGUUUCGAUUCGCGCGAGUUCGCUUGGACUGCGAAGCUGGAAGAGAACAUUGAAGCCAUGCGCGACGAGUUUCUCGCGGUGCAGGCAGAGUGCGUGCCUAACUUGAAAGACGUACUCACGGGCAAUCAGCAGAUGGCCAGUACCGGCUGGCGGUUGCUUGCGCUACGUUACUGGUCGUUCGAUGUUCCAUCCAAUUGUCAGUUGUGCCCACAGACCUGGGAACUGGUUCGCAACAUUCCCGACAUGACGAUGGCCACCUUCUCGGUCUUGGAAGGUGGCGAACAUAUCCCGGCCCAUCGCGGUGUCUUCCCCGGUUUGUUGCGGUGCCAUGUCCCGUUGCUAGUUCCCACGCCAGCCGACUCGUGUCGGAUCCGCAUUGGUCAAGAAAGCCAUUCCUGGCAAAUCGGGCAAAGCCUGGUGUUCGACGACAGUUUCGAACACGAAGUGUGGAACGACAGCGAUCAGCCACGCAUCGUUCUGCUCAUCGACAUCAAGCGCCCACUGCCGCAGCCACUGCGAGCGAUCAAUAACUGGCUCACUCGCGUCGCGUGCAGCCUGUUCGUGCUUGGCACGACCAACUGGGACGAGCUGACGGUCGCCCCGAACCCCUCUUCCGACAUCCCCGCCGAGGAAGUGGCUCCGGCCGCAGUCCGCAGCCCUGCUCUCUCACGCUAG